GUAGUUACGUUACAGUCAUGCGGCGCGCUGGUGUCCACGGUGCAGAGUCUGACUGGACCUCCGACUGUCAUAUGUGAGGUUUUUGGCUUGGCGUUACAGCUGUUAUUCGCUCUUGACCAAUAACACGUGUUCUCACGUGUUAAUGUUUAACUUCCGUGAAGCUGCAUGAAGGUAAAACACGACUUAGAUGUCGAAAUCAUUCAGACCGGAGCGGUUCAGAUCAUACUGCAGAGAGGAGUUAGUUCAGUUUAGAGAAAGUCAGAGUUCACAGCAUGGCAGGUCUGCGAGCAGCGAAACAGGCUCUGAGGAAAGAAAUCAAGCGGAGAGUCGCAGCUCUGAGUGAGGAGGAGAAACUUCGACAGUCUCUGGUUGUUUCACAGAAGGUGAGAAAAACACUGAAAAUAUGACAGGAACUCUCUGACAUGGAGGUCCACUUCAUGGUCGGCGGUCAGCUUCACUUAUAUGAGCAACUUACAAGUAACACAGCGCUUCUUCUAAAGGGUCUCCUGUCCGGCUCACACUCAGCAUGAAGCUCUGUUUACUAAAUGAAUAUCAAGUCAAUACAGGGGCGUGUCCAGGGAAAGCAGAUGCCCCCCUUAAUGCCGCCCCCAAUCCUUUACUGAUUGUAGUUUUUCUUUGACAGAGGCAGGACUUAUGUUAAAAUUGACCAUUUGGACUGUGUUGCAACAGUUUACUUUGUUUAAACUGUACAAAAUUUGUAAUUGUUAUUUUGUAUUCAAAUAUAGCUUUGCACCGGGGUUGACGCAAAUAUAGAAUGCAAAACUACGAAAUAUUGGGAGGUGAAUUUUGACGCGUCUGACUAGCAUCAAGCCUGAUGCGAUUUUGCGACUUUCCGGGGGGAAAAAGAUGCGUCCCAGGUGGAAGCGAGAAGACUGACACAACAGCAGACUGAGUGUUUUUCAGUUCUGAUUAGACACUAGUGUUGAGAUGGCUGUCUGUCAUGAUAGCAUGUACUGAGUCUGGGCCAGUAUCAGAUAAGCACAUUAAACCAUAAUCCAGAAAUGUAAGGUAACAACUGAGACCUAAUGGUGCUGUGACAGCAACACGAUUGAGUUUGAGACAGUGAAAAUACAAAUGGUAUGUUGUAUCUGAACAGGUUAGCUUACAAGCUACUGUUAAAGCACAAAAACCAUCGUCAUAUGAGAGAUCCGAUGCUAUGACUCUCCACAAGUUGUCCUUCAGGUCGUUAUCUUUGUAAUGUUUGUGUCCUUUAUCAAAAAGCACUCUGUUCUGGUCGGCCAUGUUGGAUAUACCGGUGAAUCAGACGUCGCAACAACACGCAAUCUGAUUGGUCAGAAGUGGACACACAGUAUGCAAAACUUUAGAAAAAUCGACUGUGAUCUGGAAAAAUAAAUGCUGCAAUACCGAAGGACGGGAAAAUGCUUCUGAUGUAAACGCUUGUAUUGACAGGAUACAGGUUCGAAUAAAAAUAUUGACAUCCGAAAUAAUCACACCUAAAAAACGGUCCCAGUGUGAAAGGACCUUUAGACACCACAUCGAGAGAUGAAUGUUGCCGACCGCUUGCUUUCUAGUUAUACCAACCUUAGUAACGACCACACAAUAGCAAUACACAGAGGUCUGAGGUAGGGCUGCACGAUAUAUCGUUUGAGCAUCGUCAUUGCGAUUUACAUGUGCACGAUAGUGACAUUGCAGAGCGAUCUAAUUUCAAGGGUAGCUGAUUGAGAUACACUGCCUGGGACUCUGCAUAUGCUGUGCAGCGAUCCACCAAUCACAUUCGUUAUUUACUCAGUUGCCAAUCAGACUACCCUGCCAGCCGUCAAUCAAAAUCAGAGAGGAGGAAACCACACCCCUGCACAUGGAGUAAGUCGCUGGCGCUGCCGGUGUUGUGUUGGUUUUUUCCAAUAUCGUGCAUUCUUAAUCUGAGGAGCCUUAACAAACCUCAACCAAAACGCCACUCUAUAGCCACAAAUAAUGCACAAACCGGAACCUAACUUCAUCAACAGAACAUAUAGGGUCCCAGUCAUAGUACUAGCCAUCAAACAUAUUUUUAGCUUUGCCUGAUUUCUUAAGCAAAGAGACUAAACACAACUCACCCACUCUCUUCCAGUAGCCGCUUGUUUGUAGCGAGAACUCAGGCCAGUCCAUUACGGACUACAGCGGGGUGAUGCAGCUCAAGGAAGAACAUUUAUGAUCAUUUUAAGAGUAUAUGAAUCUCACUUCUUUUUUUGAUGUUGUCCCCUGCUCCAAAAAUCACUCACUUCUUUCUCUGUUUUUUUCCCUCAGCUGUUUAGACAUCCAAAAUACGCGUCCUCUCAGCGGAUUGCGGUGUUUCUCAGCAUGCAUGAUGAAGUGCGCACUGAAGAAAUCAUUAAAGAUGUGUUUAAGUGGGGCAAAAGCUGCUUCAUUCCCAGAUAUGAGAGCAGCAGCAGCCACAUGGACAUGUUGCAGCUCAGGAGUGUGGAGGAUAUGAGGACACUGCCUCUGACAUCCUGGAACAUCCAACAGCCUGCAGAUGAUGACCACAGCCGGGAGGAGGCUCUGAGUGCAGGUGAGGUUAUUCUUCUGGGUUAGAGCAGGCAGGAAUCAGAAAAUCAACAAAUUUCAGUAUAUGAAAUAGUUUUCAUUGAACUUUGAAGUCUGUAUUAUUUUUGUAGAGUAUGUCACAUUCAAGAGCGUCAUUUUUCCUCCAGUCUGACCUAGAGUUAGCUUUCACUGACAGAAGUUUUCCCUUUACCAGAUCAUUUAUGUCUGAAAAUGACAGAGCAGGAUUUUAUGAGCUCAAUCAGUCAGGGAUCUUACUGAAGAUGUCAGGAGUUGAGUGAUGAUAAAACGAAAUUUACUGUGAAUCAGAUCAGCAGCUGGGACUGUAAUAAAUACUCUGCAAAUGGCCUCAUUUAAACACAUUCAUAAAAGCACACUGGAGUGUUCUUAUAAAUAAUAAAUGAACUCAGUAUCAGAGCUUAAACAGAUGUUGUUUUAAUGAGCGUUCAUCUCUGAGCCCUCCAGAGCUGACUUUAUUGUUUUCUUUCUAAAUGAUCUGAGACCUUGUGCUAAGAUUUCAGGAGGGCUCUGUGAAAACCUGAUUGGGGUCUCGUGUGACAGGGUUUCCUGUCUUCCUGCAGCACCAAAACUAAAUAACAAAGAUUGACCAGCAGGGGGAGCUGUUGAUGCAAAUAAAGAGCCGAUUACAUACUAAUCGUUCAUUUAAAUACUGUAUUUCAUGUGUAUCAUGUUAAUUACUGUUCAGAUUUAAAGAGGGUCUUAAAGAGACAGCAGCUAAAACUAAGUGUUUCUAAUUGAGGCUUAAAUAAUUAUAUUUAAUACACCAGAGUGAGAAAUAUAAGGCUUUUUUAUCUGAAAAUCAUGUAGAGAUAUUAAAGAGGAAUCAGAAAGAAAAUCUCAAGUCUAAAAAAAAUGCAUGAUACCCCCCUUCCCCCAAAUGUUUCUUUCAAACAGUCAUUUGUUGCAGCUCACGUCAAGUGUAAGUCAAUUAAUAAACUUAGCUGUACAAAAUACUGAGGCUCUCAUUCAACUCAUCCUCCUUGUUAUUCUGUAUAGGUGUUGGUUAUAUUAAUCAUAAAUUUACAAAUAAGCUGAAUUCAUGUGACACAUAAGGAAAUGAUAUGAUUUAGAAUCUAAAGUUUGAGACAAUCUCUAACACAAAUGGAAGUUUUCUCUGAACAAAAUGAGUUUGUUGCAUUUUUAUUCAAAGUUAAAGAAAACAGUGGGUUAAAGUAAGUGCAUUAAAUGUGUCUGCUUAAAAUCAAUUAACAGCCUUCUACAGGGACAUUGUUAUUUCUUGGGGUUGGGAGAUAUCUUGUAGAUAGUUUAAAAUUAAAGGGUAGACUAAUCCACAGGAAAAGGUUAAACUCCAGAUUUGUAGAUUUGGAGUUCAGAUUAAGGCUGGACACUUUGUGAAAAUUUACCACCUCCCCAUGAUCAGGAAAGCAUGCCCUGAUCCAAGACUCGCUGUAACCAAUUUGUCCAAACAAUACUCGUGUUUGGAGAUCACACAGCUAUUUUACUGCUCCUAAGUGAAUCAAAGCUGAAACAUCAUCCCUAACAGUUUAGUAUCUGAAGCUCCUGUGAGGAACUUUAGGUUUGUGUCACUGUAGCACCCCCUGUGGACAAAGAAAUCUUUACAUAUCUUGUUCUCUACAAGCUGAAACAGCGUUUUCUGACUGAAAAUCUGAUCUGUGCACCACAGUCUAAACAUUGAGAUCUGCAUUUUGAACAUUGAUUUUUCUCUUAUUUUUGUGCAAUCUAUGAUACAAAUAUAAGAAUGUUGAAAAUGUGCGUAUUAAAAUGUGUUACAGUCAGUCUCGGAGUUAGAGCAGAGUCACAGGGUCGAUAACUCCUAUUUGGAACUGAUAUGCAUUAACUGUUCAAUGUUUAAUAAACAAGCUACACUUACAGUACAGCUACAUAACAUUGUCACGUUACAGUGAGCCAAUCAGAUAAUGUAAAAAAACAGUGCAGACGCACAAGCAGCGAAGCCAAAGUAACAUCAGGCUCAAUAAUCAUCUGGGCCAAUAAUCGGUCUCCCUUUAUCAUGAAUAUAUUAUAUUAAAAUAUAAAAAAGAAUAGUGCCAGAUCACGUUCACUUAGUGCCAGAUGUGACCACUUUUUUUUUCUUCUUGCAAUUAAGUUUCACAGGGCUGUUGGCCAAGCACACACAUGAACAUAUGACCACAAACAUGUGAACAAAGGAGGACCAGGGCAUCAGUUACCCUGCUGAAACUGAAGCUCAGGAUAUAGAUUAAAAGACACCUGGACCAACUUUAGUUCUGUCUCCUUGCAAAUUGAACAAAAAAGACUUUUUCUACAGUCUUGUUUGCUUUUGGAUCUCAUAUAAAGGCGUGAAAAUAAAUGUCAGUCUAUUUCAUAAACAUCACAACACUCCUCGCAGGAGCUUUUAUAUUCUCAGUGGGACUGCCUUCGACGGCAUACUCUCAAUAAUGACUGACAGACGCAAGCAGGGAAACAUCACAGACUCAGCCACAGCAGCAAAUGAAAACACAACUGUGCUCCAGCGUUUCAGGACUUUAGAUUUCAAAGUGAAGAAACAGAAUAUUUUCAGUUAUGUAUAAAGAGGAUUUCAUUGAUUGUUUCUUCUAUCCAGCCUCUGUUUUGAAUACUUCCUCUUUUAUUUUAUUGAGCCCAGUUUGAAGUUGUGUGGUCUUUUAUUAGUAUGUCUUGCUAUUUUGUCUCCCUGUUUUAUUUCUAUCUUCUGAGCUUUUUGAGCUUUUAUGUCUGGGAAGCACUCUGUAACACCUGUACUUAAUAAAUCAACAUGAUUGUUAUCACACAAACAAAGAGAGGGAAGUCUUUAUCUGAGAAAUCUGAAAAGCAUCCCUGUGGGGGUUUCUGUUAGUCAAGAGGCUUAGCUCGCUUAUUUAGGCGGAUUGUGCACUUGCUGAUACGAGCGCCAGAUUUUGUAUGAGGCUUCCUUAGGACAUACUAAAGCUUUUUAGCUUAGGAGCCCAACACAGAUAUUGGAAGUGUCCAUAUAGAACACUAAAGUUGUUUUUUCUAUUAAAAAAUAAAUACAUUCGUGAGUCAUAAGAACAUUGGUGAUAAAUAGUUUUUCUUUUUUUUUCCACUUAAGAGGGUGAAACUGAUUUUAAUUUGUUCACUGAUUAUUAAACCUCGAAAAUGAUGUGUAAAACAGAGUAUCAAGACACCUGGUACCUGUACACCCUUAACAAAGUACUGCACAAUAAAGGCAGAUUUAAAAAAAAUUAAAAAUGUGUAGUUGUGUAAAGAGCUCUCACUCCAUUUUUGUUUAAAAUUUAAGCAUUAAGGUCCUGACACACCAGGGCCGAUGCGAAUAUAGAACGCGAAAUAACGUAAUAUUCGGAGGAGAAUUUGGACGCGCCUGACUACGCAUUAACCCGAUUGGGGGAAAAAGACGUAAUCCAGGUGGAAGCGAGAUUAAAAAUAAUCGUCCAAAAUACUACGACAAAAACGGGCCCGGUGUGAAAGGACCUUAAGUAUGUCCGAAGGAAGCCUCAUACAAAAUUUGGCGCUUGUAUCGGCAAGAGCACAAUCCUUUCGCUAAGCCACUGGACUAUAUGUUUAAUAAAACUGGGUAAAAAGAGACACAAACCAAGCCUUCAUGACUUAUAUCACUUUCCGCUUUCAUCCUCCAGGAGGUCUGGACCUAAUCCUGAUGCCCGGUCUGGGUUUUGACCCCUCGGGGAAUCGUCUGGGGCGUGGCAAAGGCUUCUACGACACGUACCUGGAGCGCUGCAUCCGACACCCAAAAGGAAAGCCCUACACCAUCGCCCUGGCCUUCAAAGAGCAGCUGUGUCAGGAGAUCCCUGUGGACGCCAACGACGUGCUCAUUGAUGAGAUCCUAUACGAGGAUAAGGAGUAGCUCUUCAUCAGGAGAGAGGGUCCAUGAACUUCACACUAAUUUUCCUGAAUGUUUACUUCUUAAAGUCAUUAAACCUUUAAGCUCAGCCCUCUUAGGUCCAGUAUAACUUACAGAUUCUCUGCAGACAUAAUGAGCUGAUUCAGCAGAUACCUCAGGUGGAUCCACUCACACUACAUGUGUGUUCAGACCAAAAGACAUGUCAUAUUUGCAUUUCAGUUCAUUUUGAUCGACUUUAGAUGUGAGUUGAACCAUUCAAUGAAUAAACAUUUUUGAAGUUUGCUUUCCUCGCUCCUUGUUUACACACCUCCAAAGCAUGAAUGCAGCUCGGUGUAGCUAAUUUGUCAUCUUUUCAGCCUGUUUAAUGUCAUCAAAUCUCAGUGAAAUCUGUUUAUUCAGCCCUUCAGAGCUCUGAAGUAAAUAUUACUGAUCAUGUGCGACAUGUUAGAUUCAAAGUAAAUCUACAAAUGUAAUUGUUGUGUUAAAGGUGCUUAAAGUGCAGAUUUAGCAGUUAAAAAAAAAAAACAGCUGUGAACAGGCAGGUUUCUGUGAAAUUCUGUAAAUGAAGAGUUAUGGUUUUAUUGAUCAAAUAAACUGCAAAUAAAGUUGAAGUUUUGACACAUUUAGUGUUUUUUUUAAUGAAUCUGGAAAUCUGAUAAACUUAACAGUCCUGCUCUCACCUUUUACCCCAAAAAACAUUCUUAUUUGCCACGAUCUAUCAAAAAAAGUCAAACUUCAAUGUUUGUAUAUGGAUUUAUCACAAGACAGUUUUUUAUCUUCAUCAAUACAGCUCACAAAAUUAAAAGAAAUCCUCUCUUCUCAUUGGAAUAUUACAAAACACCAAAAAAGGCUUAAAAUACAAUGUUGAUGAUGAAUAAAUGAUGCUCUUUUAUAA